AUGCUUCGAACACACUCAUCAAAGUCCCGGCCGGAUAUCAAGCAACGAAAGUCAACAUCGCCCGCUCGCCCCGGUGGCGUGCAUCUUGAACACAUCGAAAUCGAGCAUGCUCGGCGGGACGCUCAUACAGCGGCCACAGAAGCGUUUGUCCGCAGUCAGCAGCGCAACAACGCCGCCGCCACGCCGUUGUUUCCAGAUCAGGCCCCAAAGCGGGCGAAUUCGACCCGCGAGGGAUUGAGGAGACAGCAGAGCGUAAGAUUUGUCUCAGAUCGCGAUGAAGGCAGUGAUAUUGAGCGGAUGGGAAGCCAUCGAUCAAAUAUGCGUGGUGGACUGGGUGCCUCGAGGAGCGGUAAGGAGCGGGGAGAAAUCCGCAACAAGGAAAACAUGAAACCACCACACGAGGGAGAUAUGGCUUCAUCGGAUGAGCCUGUUGUCUCCCAUCCGACCUCCAAGCUUGGUUUGCGAAGGUCCAAAUCCAUGAUAUCUGGCGUAGGCGAAUUGGGACCGGCACGUCCAGAGCGUACUUCCAGCGUCAAACGCUCAGGUCAGGCUCGAGGUCACGUCCGGAGCGACUCACCUCGGUCAUCAUCUGCUCGGAGAUCCAGCGAAACAAAUGAUACGAGCACCCUGAACCUGCGUGCUCCCAAGUCUAUGAGUUUUCUAUCGCCGUCAAGGCGAGAGAAUUCUCAGAAUGACUCGGUUAUCAGUAUGGAUUCAAGCCACAAAGAGAAGACGAACCUUGCAGAAGCACAGAGCAUCUACUCUCAACGAACCACGAUCUCUGGGCGGCUCAGGGCUGCUCCUUCCAUGCUAUUCCGUUCCGGCAGUAUACGGUCAAUUGGAUCCGGUCGACGCUCCAUGCGUAUCUCAAUGCGAGACGGUCUUGAUGAACACAUCCAGCUCGCACUUAGAGGGGCGGGGGUUGGAUCGCGGCAAUCCAGAAACUCGAGCUUGACAGGCAAAGCAAGAAAAGCUUCUCAGACCCUGAAGUCAAGGAUCAAGACACUGUUUGGCCGAGGCAGUAAGGACCAUGGAAAGGCUUUUGGUGUCGAAGCAUUUGAGAAGGCAACUGAAGCCGAUCAGCAGCACGAUGCUGCAUCCAACGCAGCCGCCUCUGUUCGUACGAGUCUGAGUCUGGGCGUCAGAAGUAUGCAAGAGGAGGGCACGCUUUCUCAAGUAUCGUCAAGAGUCCCCACUGUUCAAACUGUCAUUCAAGAGCAAAUGAUCCGGUCACGCAAGGGCAGCUUGGCCAGUCUGCAAAGCGAAUUCCGGAUGACGGCGUCGGAUGAUAUCUCAAGAGCUACCAGCUGGGGAAGUUCUGGCCAUUCGACUGUUGCGAGCCAGCAACAAGCCUGGAGUGAUUGGCAACAACAACGACUGUCAGUGAUCACGGAGAACACUGCAGGUGUGAUUUCGAUGCCUUCGCCAGAGGAUAGAGACGGAGAAGUUGUCAGUACUGAGCCGGCCGAAGAUAGGCGUGUAUAUUCUGCACUCGCCAAGCGACUUGCAGAAAGACAAAAGCUGGCCGAGGCUGGUUCCAAGGCCAAUGAUGAUUCAUCUGGAACCCAUAAUGACAGAGACAACCGAUCAGAGAGGCCAUUGAGCAGCAUAUACUCAACUGUUGGUGAGCCGGAAGGCGGCACAAUCAGAUGCGUGACAACCUCGACAGAGACGAUUGAGCUUUCUCAAACGAAGGCUCCGGUAAUCUCCAAGCUCGACAGCUCGGCCAAGGUGGCCAACCGCUGGACCGCAUCGAUAUCAUCACUCGAGUCGGCGGCAUCUGAAACCAAGCCAAAGCGACACGAAGCACGCUGCUCUACUCCCGAUCUGCCCAGCCUAGGGUUGCCGAGGUCGAACAGGAGCUCUGCGUUCUUUGGCAGCCCUACAUGCUAUCUGUUUAGGACAACAUCUCCGUAUCGUCGGGCUCUGAAGGAAAGUAACAAGGCGGCAUUGGCGGCGGCGGCGGCAGCGCAUGCUGUGCAACCGUCACAGCUGGCCAGGUCAGUCGAAUCCCUGAAACUGCCUGGCUCUAUCAUGUUCGGGCAGCCAUGGAACAUGGACGAAAAUGCUGAGUAUUCCGAGAGUGUCUAUUCGGGAGAUGAGACCAAUGACCAAUCCAACAUUUCCGGAUCCGACACGGCCAAAGAGGCAGUGAAUGGAGACGAUGAAUCACAGGUGUCGAAAAUGGCACCACACUUGUUCAGGCGCAAUAUGGCGACCUCGUCCGAGUCUAUCGACUGGAAGAGUUGGCUCGCGGCCAAUGUGAGCAAGUUGGAGAUGCAGCCUUCACCCGUUCAUGGCAAUGGUCCUGUUUCGUCCGAAUUUGGACAACCGGCCCAUCAGGGACAUAGACGGGAGGCGACACAGAUCUACGAUGAUGCGGAUGACGAGCACGUUGGUGAGUAUGCCAACAAACUCGUGACCGAACAUAGCAAUUCGGUGCACGCAGAACAGACGACACCGACGGAUGAGAAGCAGACGACGCCAUUGGGCGAGGUACAGCAAAACGCAACUCGGGCACCUUCCUACGAUGGACAAGCAACGUCGAGCAUAUUGGCAGAGAACCAGGCACCACGAACGCCGACUCCGGCAAAGUCAGGGCUGGCGCGAGCUCGAUCACUCUAUCGUAGACGUACCAGCGCGGACGGAUCCCCUUACCGACCGCAGGCUCCAGCAUCUGUCAAGUUGGUAAGAAGGCGCACAGCUGCACUUGACGCGGCAAGUCCGAAAAAGUUGGGCCUGGACGACAUGGCACAGCAGACGGCAGCAAAAUCUGAGGUUGAACGCGAGAAGAUCACGGCAACAGCCAGUACGAGAAUGGUUGACUUGUUCCUUAGCAGCAGGCGGAGGCGGAUGGCGAGCAGUAAGGAUCCCGGCGAUGCUUUUAUUUGA